AUGGACAAAGAAUUAUCACUGAAAUUAAAUGGUGGCAGACAUGUCCAAAGAAUAUUGCAGGGAUUUGAUCCCAUUAUGAAUCUUGUGAUUGCUGAAUGUGUGAAGACGGCAACUAGUGGGCAACAGAGCAACACUGGAAUGAUGGUGCUCCGAGGAAAUAGUACCAUCCCGGUAGAAGCUUUGGAAGGAGGAUAAAGAA